GGAGCGCGCGCGCGCCCCCGUCACUCGCUCGCGUGCCCGCUCGGCCGCGGUUCCUCCGGGGCGGGACGGAAGCGCCGGGAGCGGAGCGUGGCGAGGUGUCGGGGCCGCUCGAGGUCGUCAGCACCCACGUACGGCCGCUGCCCACCGCGGAGUGAUCCCGUCCCCGCUGCCCGGGCCCGUGGGGUGGGCAGCCGGCCGGCGGGCCGAGGGCUGAGCCUGGGGACGGGGGCCGAGGCCCGAGGCCGCGCGGCUCCGCGCAGGCGCCAUGAGGCCCCCCGGCUCCGCGCAGGCGCCCUGGCAGCCCUGAGGCCUGGGCGGCCAGUGGGCUGAGCCGGGCCCGGGCCAGGCGGGUUCCGUGCGGGGCCGGGGCCUCGCCAUGGCCGGGGCCAUUGCGUCCCGCAUGAGCUUCAGCUCCCUCAAGAGGAAGCAACCCAAGACAUUCACCGUACGUAUCGUCACUAUGGACGCCGAGAUGGAGUUCAAUUGCGAGAUGAAAUGGAAAGGGAAGGACCUGUUUGACUUGGUGUGCCGGACUCUGGGACUACGGGAAACCUGGUUCUUUGGACUGCAGUAUACAAUUAAGGACACGGUGGCCUGGCUCAAAAUGGACAAAAAGGUGCUGGAUCAUGAUGUUUCGAAGGAAGAGCCAGUUACCUUCCACUUCCUGGCCAAGUUUUAUCCAGAGAAUGCAGAGGAAGAGCUGGUCCAGGAGAUCACCCAGCAUUUAUUCUUCCUUCAGGUGAAGAAGCAGAUUCUGGAUGAGAAGAUCUACUGCCCUCCCGAGGCAUCAGUGCUCCUGGCUUCCUAUGCUGUCCAAGCCAAGUAUGGUGACUAUGACCCCUCUGUUCACAAGCGUGGGUUUUUGGCGCAAGAGGAGCUGCUUCCAAAAAGGGUAAUAAAUCUGUAUCAGAUGACACAAGAGAUGUGGGAGGAGAGAAUUACCUCGUGGUAUGCGGAGCAUCGAGGCAGAGCAAGAGAUGAAGCUGAAAUGGAAUAUUUGAAGAUUGCCCAGGACUUGGAAAUGUAUGGUGUGAACUACUUUGCAAUCCGGAAUAAAAAAGGCACAGAACUACUUCUGGGAGUGGAUGCUCUGGGCCUCCACAUAUAUGACCCUGAAAACAGACUGACCCCCAAAAUCUCCUUCCCUUGGAACGAAAUCCGGAACAUCUCUUACAGCGACAAAGAGUUCACCAUCAAGCCUCUGGAUAAGAAGAUCGACGUCUUUAAGUUUAACUCCUCCAAACUGCGGGUUAAUAAGUUGAUACUGCAGCUGUGCAUCGGGAACCACGACCUCUUCAUGCGGAGAAGGAAGGCCGAUUCCCUGGAGGUGCAGCAGAUGAAAGCCCAGGCCAGGGAGGAGAAGGCCAGGAAGCAGAUGGAACGACAGCGUUUGGCUCGAGAGAAGCAGAUGAGGGAAGAGGCUGAGCGAACAAGAGAUGAAUUGGAGAGGAGGCUCUUACAAUUGAAGGAGGAAGCUACUAUGGCCAAUGAAGCUCUGAUGCGGUCCGAGGAGACGGCAGACCUGCUGGCGGAGAAGGCGCAGAUCACAGAGGAGGAGGCCAAGCUCUUGGCCCAGAAGGCAGCCGAGGCUGAGCAGGAGAUGCAGCGGGUCAAGGCCACGGCCAUAAGGACAGAAGAGGAAAAGCGCCUGAUGGAGCAGAAGGUGCUGGAGGCCGAGAUGCUGGCCCUGAAGAUGGCCGAGGAGUCGGAGAGGCGAGCGAAGGAGGCAGACCAGUUGAAGCAGGAUCUCCAGGAAGCCAGGGAGUCCGAGAGAAGAACGAAGCAGAAGCUCCUGGAAAUCACCAGCAAAGCUACGUACACGCCGCCCGUGAGCUCGAGCACCGCGGCUCUGCCGGCCGACAUGCCCGGCUUCACCCUCAUUGGCGAGAGCCUGUCUUUCGACUUCAAGGACACCGACAUGAAGCGGCUCUCCAUGGAGAUCGAGAAGGAGAAAGUGGAGUACAUGGAGAAGAGCAAACACUUGCAGGAACAGCUCAAUGAGCUCAAGACGGAGAUCGAGGCCCUCAAGCUGAAGGAGAGGGAGACGGCCUUGGACAUCCUGCACAACGAGAACUCUGACCGGGGCGGCAGCAAACACAACACCAUCAAAAAGCCUCAAGCCCAAGGCAGAAGACCCAUCUGCAUUUGAGCCUUCCAAGAAGCUGACCUUACAGAGCACAAAGUCCCGCGUGGCCUUCUUUGAAGAACUCUAGACUGGCGCGGCCAUCCCAGGAGCGAGCGGCCGCCUCUGCCCGGGCCCAGGACGCCUUCCCAGCCUGCUCCAGCCAAGCGGCGGCCUUGAAUUCCAGCCCUUGCCAGGGUUUCUCGGGGGGGAUUCAAGGUCAGCCCCGUGGAUGUUUAGGACGUGCCGUCUUCUGCCUGACGUCGGCUUGUGCUCUGCCCACGGGCUUCACGGACACCUUGGCCUGGCACUCUGGCUCCACGUGGUCUCCGCUGGGCAGGCAGAUGCCAGUGCGGGUCUCGGGGCAGAUGGAAGCCCUGGGGAGCUGUUCUGGGGGGCGGGAAGAUUGGGGGAUGUGGGUCACUGCCCCACGCCAGGCUUUCGCAAGACCCUUCCCAUCCGGGAAAAAGCAUUGAGCUCGCGAGAGCACGGCUCCCCGGUGGCCCGAGGAUGUGCUUCCGCUGCCAGAGCCGGGUGCAGGAAAAGCAGCUGGCUGUGUGCGAAGGAGUUGGGCAAAGAGCAGCUGCAGGUCUUGAGCCUGCCUCGGGCCAGUGUCCACCCCUGAGGGGCGCGCCCCCCCAACCCUCCUCCCUUCCGGGCCUGACUGGCCAUGCCAGCGUUGGGGAGAGCUUCCCCUUUAGACGCGAGGGACCGGACAUUUGGGGCCUUCUAGUAACCCGGCCGAUUUGGCACUGAUUUAUGUUGUCUUCUCCCUGCUCUGUGUGUUGAAGCCUCUCCUGCCCCAAGCCCUUCUGCGUCCUUUCCUCCCCUCAGUGUGCCUGGUAACGUGUUGUGCCCGCAGUGGGCGCUCAGUAAUCGCCCCUUGAUCAACGGCCCCUUGCCAGGUCAGUCCCCCGGCUGAGCUCCCUCCCAGCGUGUCCCAGCGGGAUUCGAGCAGCUCCACGGCUUCGACUAGAGACAUCUUCCCCCUCUCCCGAGUGUGCCCUGGGGAGCCCGAGACCCCUGCUCAAGGAGGGGGCCGGUUCCUGGGCAGCUCCCGUCCUCUCUGUCCCUGAGCCCCUCCCGGCCGAUUCUGUCCUUCCUGCCGGCAGGGAGAUGGCCACGAAUGUGAAUGCAGGAGCUCGGCCUGUGCCUGCUGCCGCUGGGUCAUCCGGGCUGGGGGCAGGCGGCCUGGCCUGCGUCGCUGGUGAGGGGCCCAAGGAAUCUGCCCCGCCAGGGGAUGGGGCUCUGCUCCACGGGACCACACCAGCUCUGGCCCGGCCCCCUCCCAGACCCGCUGGGGGGCGGCUCUUGCCUUGGGGGAGCCCCACACUUAUUUAAUUAGCAGUGAGGAGCCAGUGCUGCCCCGGCCAGAACAGGUUCAAAGUAGGAACGCUCUGUUUGAGAUGUGCGUCACCCCAGCGGGGGCAGGACCGUGGCCUUCCUCAGGGCCCUUCCUGCCCCGGGCUUUCCGUUUCCUGGACAUCCAAAGCUUAGCCAAAUGCUUCUUCUCCUUUAAGAAAGAGAGCCUGGCCGGGGGGGCAGGAGAACCCCCGACUCCCCUGUUCCUCGCUGAUCCAGGCCGUCCUCCCCAGGGGCAGAAGCACGUGGGGGCCUUGGGGAGAGAGGAGAGCCAUGGGAGCCCCUUAAUUCCACUCAAGAAGAGACUACCCUGUGGGGGUGGGAGCGAGCAGGAAGGAUGCUCAGAGAUGGCCCCACAUCACCGACAGCAUCAGGGAGAAUCCGCAGUGCCCAGGCCUUCCCCAAGUGCGUGAGCCCGGCGGCCCGCUGGCAGCCCCCACAUUCCGGUGCUUCCGGUGAACGUGCAUCUUGUGCGUCUGUCUCUGUGUAUCUCUGUCUGCAGUACAGCCAAGCCCCCGGCCCGUUCUCCUGCCCUCUGUGCCAAUUUCCAGUCUGCCCCUUUGCCCGCCGGACCCUCGGCCGGGCCGGACCCCCACGUGGACGUCUCGUCCAACCCCCUUUCAGAGCAAAAGUUCGCGGUUUGGAUUUGUACGGCCUGGCAUGGGGCUGGGGGGUGAAGCCCCCUCCCCUGCCAGGGUUAAAUCCUGACAAGCGUUUUCUAUUCCGAGGGGUUGUUCUAUUUUAACUGAUUGUUUUAAUAAAAAUUCAAAGCUGUAAAA